AUGUGGCGCUUUGGAUUCGAUGUUCCAACAAAUUACAAUGAUAUGAGUAACUACUGUGGUGGAAAAGAAAAUCAAUGGGGUAAUCAACACGGUCGAUGUGGUAUUUGUGGAGAUCCAUUUCAAGGUCCACGUGAUCACGAAGAUGGUGGGAUAUAUGCAACAGGUAUCAUUGGUCGUACAUACGAAUCAGGCGAAAUGAUCAACACAACAAUUGAUAUAACUGCGAAUCAUUUUGGUUAUUUUGAAUUUCGUUUGUGUCCACUCAAUAUGGGAGGAGCACACCGACCACGUCGUUUAACUCAACGAUGUCUUGAUCAACAUUUGUUAACUAUCGGUCCGAGUGACUCGAAAUCUAAUGGAGACGAUACAAGAUAUUAUUUACCACACGGAAAUAAAUCUUACUUUUAUGUGCCCGUUCAAUUACCUCCAGACAUCGUAUCGUGCAGUCAUUGUGUUCUUCAAUGGAAAUAUCAUGCAGGAAAUACGUGGGGAAAAGAUCAAAAAGGACGAAAAUGUUUAGGUUGUGCUGACCAACAAGAAGAAUUCUACAACUGUGCAGAUAUUGCAAUUGUAGAACAAUCUCCCAGUGAGUUGAGUACACCAACUAAUGGAGAUAAUAGCACGAUAGCUAGUGAUAGUAGGAAAACUGAAUAUCUAACGUUCAAAUAUCUUUUAUUACUUUAUUGUUGUUAUUCUAUCAUUGUUUUCUUUGUUUUGUAA